CUCUUCAGUCUGAUGUCCUGUUGCUUCAGGAGCAUUUCAGAGCCUCCACUUCUUCAUCCUUUCACAGCAGCAUAUAACAGAACCAGAGCAACCAUGAGCCACUCUUCAAUAACCUCCACCUCCUACAGGCGCACUUUUGGAAGCCCUCACCCCAUCUCCUUGUCCUCCUACUCCCCCGUUUCCUCUCGUCUUCCCAUUUCUGGAGGUCGCUAUGUCCGCUCGGCCUCGCCCGCUGUGGCUACCCGCUCCACCACCUAUCACCAACAGCGCUCCCGUCCCACCCCCCAGCCCCCUCGCCUCUCCUACGACAAGGUGGACUUCACCUUAGCGGAGGCCAUCAACCAGGAGUUCCUGGCCACACGCAGCAAUGAGAAGGCUGAGCUGCAGGAGCUCAACGACCGCUUCGCCAGCUUCAUCGAGAAGGUGCGUUACCUGGAGCAGCAGAAUGGAGCUCUGCUGCAGGAACUGAAUCAGUUCAAGGGUCAGUACCAGCACGGCCAGCCCAACCGGGCCUCUGAGCUCUUCCAGGAGGAGCUGAGGGAGAUGAGGCGCCAGCUGGAUGCAGUUGGCAAGGAGAGGGACCAGUACCAGCUGGAGAGGGACAACCUGGGCGAAGACCUGGCCCUUCUGAAGCAGAGGUUGGACGAAGAAGUCCAGAAGAGGGCGGAUGCUGAAAAUAAUCUGGUUGCCUUCCGCAAGGAUGUGGAUGAUGCUACCUUGUCUCGUCUGGAGCUGGAGAGGAAGAUCGAAACUCUUAUGGAUGAGAUUGAAUUCCUGAAAAAACUCCAUGAUGAAGAGAUCCAAGACGUGCAAGUGAGUGUCCAAACACAGCAGCUGAAAAUGGAAGUGGACAGCACCUCCAGGCCGGACCUUACCGCUGCUCUGAGGGACAUCAGGGCGCAAUAUGAAACCAUUGCUAUGAAGAACAUGCAAGAAUCUGAGGACUGGUAUAAAUCCAAGUUUGCAGACUUGACUGAGUCUGCAAAGCGCAACACUGAUGCUCUGAGGCAGGCCAAGCAGGAGGCCAGUGAGUCCAGGAGGCAGAUUCAGGCUCUAAACUGUGAAACUGAUGCCUUGAAGAACACAAAUGAAGCUUUGCUGAGGCAGAUGCGUGAAAUGGAGGACCAGUUUGGCAAUGAGAUUGGCAACUACCAGGACAAUGUUGGCAGACUGGAGGAUGAGAUACGCCACCUGAAGGAAGAGAUGGCCCGUCACCUCCGGGAGUACCAGGACCUCCUUAAUGUCAAAAUGGCCCUGGACAUUGAGAUCGCCACUUACCGUAAACUGCUGGAAGGAGAGGAGAGCAGGAUCUCUGUUCCAAUCCUCAAUAUUGGUAUGAGCCAUCACUUUGGUGAUCGAGACUAUGAAAGAACUCCAGACACUCAAGGCAAAAAGACUGUGGUGAUAAAGACUGUGGAGACCAGAGAUGGAGAGGUGGUGAAGGAAUCCAGGAGGGAGAAGGAGAGUGACUCGGGUAAAACUGACAAGGACGAGUAGAUGGAAACUGUGAUAAUAAAGGCUGUGCCAUCAUAGAAAAAAAUUAGAUAAAAGUAGAAAAUAAUAAUUCUGGCAAAUUUUGUUUUCAUUUACAGGCUGUGUGUUAUUGUCUAGCAAUGUAUCUCUCAGCAUAGGUGCAAUGUUGGAUGAAUACCUUUGGACAGACUCACUUUGGUGCUAUGAAAGCGAUUGCUGUGUUGUCCAAAUCCACUUUACUACUGUACCACCCAAGGCCUUGAUUUACAGUGCAAUCCUGUGGACAAAUGGACAAAAACAGGUGGUUUAGAUAGGGGAUUUUAGUAGUUAGAGUUAUUAUGUAUGUGUGACUUAUAGUAACAAACAUGCUCUGAAACUGCCCUUUGGCCAGCAGACCUUUAAACACAGACUGAGAUUAUUUAAAAUGGUUGGCUUUUUGUUUUACAAGCUUUGCUAUCUUCUCAUUGUUCAAUAAUGUGGAUUAGUUAAUGAACAUACAAGAAAUAAAUAAAAUGCUGAAACAGAAAGUAUGUCCAACUAGACUUCUGCAGAAUGUGCUUUUCAAUGAUGUGUGAAUCUGAAACAAUUAAUGAAAGAAUAUGAAUGUGCAAAUAAACUUAACUGGAACAAA